AUGAAGUUCGGUCACGAGUACCAGAAGGCAUUGGCUAACGAAGGCUUUCCCGAGCAAUGGCGUGGAAGCGCCAUCGACUACAAAUAUCUGAAGAAAUGCAUCAAGAAGGUCCACCACGAGAUGGAGGAUCUGGGCUUAGACGCUAACACGAUCCAUCAUCUAAGUGAGCCAUUGGAUGAUACAAUGAAAGCCCGGCCUAUAGUCCGACUCGACGGCUUCUACUCUGCGGCACAGCCACAUCUAGACACCAUAGUUGAGGAGUUUACGCCGCAGCUACGAAUUCUUGUGGAUGCGAAGACUGGCACGCCUCUUGAUGCCACUUUAACGUCGGAAACGAAACAGAGUCUGCGCAAGCUGGCGAGGCAUGAGAGAAUCUUCGCCGGCCGACAAGCGCACCUUGGGCGCCAUGCUGUGCACGAGAUUCACGGAAAUGCGCACGACUCGUCCGACGGACGUAAGAGCCCGCUCACGACAGAGACUUCUGAUGCAAAAUGGAUCGAAGUGCCGCUGUCUUCAGCCAGGUCUUUCUUUGACCUUCUAGCACCGAAGCUCGAUCAGCUUGAGGAGCUACGUGAGGCGGAGACACGUAAGCUUGAAGCGGACGUGCUCAAUCUUGGCGAUGCCGUUGAAGACGUCGUUGAACCAGUUCGCGAAGGCUUUGAAGCGAAGCGAGACGUCAGUUAUCGAGACCUUUACUUCUGGCGUGAAAUGUUCCGUUUAUACGUUGAGAAUCCCGUUUUCUACUCACCGACCGAGCAAAACCGUGGAGGCUUUACGUACGCGGAUGCUAGAAAGCGUCUGGAGUCCUACGAUCAGAAGCUCAGGGCCACGGGUUUGUAUGCGAAGCUCAAAACGCCACAGGCCAAGCGAGCAGCCAAGCAGUUCUUCGACCUGAACGUGGACAUUCUCAAGAUCAUGCAUUUCCAAGAGAUGAACGCACAAGCUAUGCGGAAAAUACUGAAGAAGUUCGACAAGCGGACUCACCUGGAAGGGAAGUUGUUCCUCAAGACUCUGCAGACGAAAUAUCCGGCCUUACUGCCGCCAUCAAACAGGAGCGCUGUAGGCGGCGCUGCAGGCUUUGCGAACAGCAUAGCUCGCGACAUGCAUGCCGAGCUAUCGAGCAAAGUCCUUUCGAUCGUGCCUCAACUGGAUGACUGGAACUGUCCAGUCUGUAUGGACAUGGCGUGGCGUCCCGUCAAUCUUGGCUGCUGCCAAAGUCAUUUUUGUAUCCGCUGCGUGAUCAAAAUGCAAGACGAUGGCAUGGUCCGCUGUCCAACUUGCAACGCAGAGACAGUGGUGAUGGCGAAUGGGACAAAUAUUGACUUUGAAGCCAUGGACUUCCUCGAGAAAUAUUUCCCUAUGGAAGUCAAGCGCAGGCAGCGCGACAAUGAGAAGGCCAGUUUGGAGAGGCAGUAUGGCGAGGCGUUUACCAAGCCUGGGUGUCUGGUGAUGUGA